AUGCUGAAGUGGACGGCAUCCACGCAACGAUUGCACGAGAUGCCCGUACAAAGCACAGCCGGGCAGGAGCCGGCUAGGGCGGGGAGACGGCAGAGACGACAGCGACGGGCCACCAUUGCGAACAAGGAGAACGUGCCCCAUGUGGGUGAGAGCAGUAACGGUUACAUAAACAGGCACAGUUACAGCUCCACGCCCAUGGCCAUGCCGAGGGUGCGCAACAGUCCGCUGGUAUUGGCACCGCUCAGCGACAUACGCAAUGUGACGCCCGAGACGGUUGCCACACCAUCUCCAUCCGGUCAUCGUCAUCGUCGGGUGGUGCAGAGUGUGCGCUAUGCAACCACAUUGCCACGCUACGAGGUCGAAUAUUCACCAUCAACGGCUACAUUGCCCAGCGGGCAGCAUUUGGCGUUGCGCGGCCUGCUGCCACUGGAUCCGUUUCUGGAGCAGCCCCGCUAUAUGGCGGCCACACAGCAGCUCAAGCAGCGACGACUGGACGCCGAUUUUCUGGCCACCAUGGGUCAGCAGCAACAGCAGCAACAGCAGCAGCAGCAGCAACUGCAACCUGCGCUGGCCAGCAGAGCGCAGCAGUUGGUCCAGCGUCCAGUGACGCCGCAGCCAUCCACACAGAUGGGCGAUCAGACGCUGGACAAGCUCAUCGAUGCGAUACUCGAUUCGGCGUGCAAGGCGAACGGAACGAACGGUGGCAAGAAGAAGAGGCCGCGUAAGUCAUUCAAUUUGCGACGACGCACACUGGUCAAACAGCAGCUGGAGACGGAGUGCAGCGGUGCCAUAUUAUCGCCCUCAUAUGCUGCCGGCGAUGAUCCGGCCAGUGAUUUGAGCUUUAGUGUGCAUCCGCUGCUGCCGACUGCAACACCGGAGCCGGCAUCACCGCUGUGCCGCUUGCCGCACAGCGUACUGGUGCAGUUGCCGACGCCAACACACUUGGAUACCUUCUGCCUGGAGACGCCUGUGCGUACGCUCAAAAGGAGUCGGGGACGGGAGGUGCAGCCAAAGAUUGCCGAGUCGCCACUGAAGCGAUACAAAGUGGACGCAAGCAAUUACUUUGAGGUCGGCCUGGCGCUGCCUUCCUCCAUUUAUGUCUAG